CCGCGCCGCGACGGACCGACGGCUCGGCUCGGCUCGGCUCGGCCCGGCCCUGCUCCGCACCGGCCCCCGCGGGAGGGAGGGAGGGAGGGGCGUGCGGCCCCCCCCGAGCGGCGGCCCCGGGCCGCAGCCCCCCUUUGCGGUCGGAGAGUCGUGCAGCACCGGGCCCUGCGAUGCCGUUUGGCUGCGUGACGUUGGGAGACAAGAAAGAUUAUAACCAGCCGUCCGAGGUGACUGACAGAUAUGACCUGGGUCAGGUCAUCAAAACGGAGGAGUUCUGUGAAAUCUUCCGGGCCAAGGAGAAGACGACGGGGAAGCUGUACACCUGCAAGAAGUUUCUGAAGCGGGACGGGCGGAAAGUGCGGAAGGCAGCCAAAAACGAAAUCAUCAUCCUCAAAAUGGUGAAGCACCCCAACAUCCUGCAGCUGGUGGAUGUCUACAUCACCCGCAAGGAGUAUUUCAUCUUCCUGGAGCUGGCCACCGGCCGGGAGGUUUUCGACUGGAUCCUGGACCAGGGCUACUAUUCAGAGAGGGACACCAGCAACGUCAUCCGGCAGGUGCUGGAGGCUGUCGCCUACCUGCACUCACUCAAGAUUGUCCACAGGAACCUCAAGCUGGAGAACCUGGUGUACUAUAACCGCCUGAAGAACUCCAAGAUUGUCAUCAGUGACUUCCACCUGGCCAAGCUGGAGAAUGGGCUUAUCAAAGAGCCCUGCGGCACCCCUGAGUACCUGGCUCCGGAGGUGGUAGGGCGGCAGCGGUACGGGCGGCCGGUGGACUGCUGGGCCAUCGGCGUCAUCAUGUAUAUCCUCCUCUCGGGGAACCCCCCCUUCUAUGAGGAGGCGGACGAGGAUGACUAUGAGAACCACGACAAGAACCUCUUCCGCAAAAUCCUGGCUGGGGACUAUGAGUUCGACCCGCCAUACUGGGAUGACAUCUCACAGGCGGCCAAGGAGCUGGUGACGCGCCUGAUGGAGGUGGAGCAGGACCAGCGGAUCACGGCGGAGGAGGCCAUCUCCCACGAGUGGAUCUCUGGCAAUGCCGCUUCUGACAAGAACAUCAAGGACGGUGUCUGCGCCCAGAUCGAGAAGAACUUCGCCCGGGCUAAGUGGAAGAAAGCCGUGCGAGUGACCACGCUCAUGAAACGCCUGCGGGCGCCUGAGCAGACGGAGACGGCCCCGGCUCCGGCUCCGGCCCCGGCCCCGGCCCCCGCCGCUUCCACGGCCGCCGCUUCCACGGCCACAGCCGCCACGGACACUGCAGCCCCCGCGGCUCCCAGCACGCCGCCCGCCGCCGCGCAGCCCCCGGCCCCCGCCUCGCCGCCCGCCGCCACGUGUAACGGGGACGGGGCUGCCGCCACCGCCGAGGCCCCCAGCGAGCAAACCGGCUGAGCGGCGGCGGCCCCCGCGCCCCCCGCUCUGUACAUAGCCCCGGCAUGGUGUCUGUCGUGUCCCCCCCCCCCCCCCCGCCCCUGCCUGCGCCCCCUUUUCUACGUGCCCCGACGGAGAGCCGGCCGCGGGGCAGAGCCCUGCAUGGAGCCCGUCCUACCCGAUGGCCCCCCCCCCGCCCCCCCCCCCCCCCGGCCCCCUCGGUGGCUUUGCCGGUCGAUCUGUCCCCCCUCCCUGCUCUCUCAGUCUGUCCCCCGCCACCGUCCCCGCCCUGGGGAUGCCCAGAGAUACGGGGCAGCCCCCCCCCCCCCCCCCCCCCGGCCUCACGCCCUGUAGGGCUUUGUUGUGGGGGGGGAUGGAGUGGAGUGGGGGGGGGGGGGGGCGGGGGCCGGGGUCCCCGGGGACGCGCGUGCAUGUGCGGGACUGCGGGUGGGUGCGUGGGACGGAGGGGGGGCCCCAGCGGGCAGAGUUCCUGGCACACCCCUCUGCGUCCCGGGGCUCCGGGGGGGUGGUGGGGGGGGGUGUCACGGGCCUCCCUCCCCGGCCCGGGGACAGCCGCACGGCCCCCCCACGCGUCGUGUCUGGAGGAUCCCAAAUGGCGGCCCCACCCCCCGCGGGUCCCCGCUUUCCUCCCCCGCAGCUGCAUGCCUGCAGGGCCGGCUCUGCCUGCGGUUGCCGCCGGCGCCCCGCUCUGUAUCUCUGGCAAAUAAAGACCCCGCUGAGGACAAACUGAGACAGCA